CGUAUUAUAUUGACCCAAGGCAGAAGUUAACAACUUCGAAAAAUUCACCAUGCUCCCUAAUACCUCUUUGUCUCUAAGACAAUAAAGACCCAGAGAUGGAGAACCAACAGAAUAGUAGGCGGCACUGCUGGGAGUGUCGUCGACGCUGCUUGGUCUGUGAUUUCACAGAACCCAUGUGCCAAAGGUGUUCCGCAUCGGGGAUCGAAUGCCCGGGAUAUAGUGAUGUGAAACCAGUAAAACUCAAGUGGCUCGCGCCCGGAAGGGUCAUAUCUCGGGGUCGGAAGCGGGACAAAACACCAUCUAGCGAAACCGAAAAUGGAAUAACUAAGACUGUAACAAAACGGGUACCCGGCGAAACGAUAUCAAAUACUCGUGUAUUGAUCCCACGAGUUAAGAUAAAGACUGAAGCCUAUGCUUUAGCUGAGUGUGUCGAGUACUUUAAUUCUUGCAUAUACCAAGAUCUACUCCCCCUCCGUGAACUCGGAGAUAAUCCUCAUAUAUACCCUCUUUCGACCAAGCACCUUCAGAGGGCCUCUUGGGCACCAGAUUAUCUACGGCUUGGCAUGAUCUGCAUGAUACUAGGCCACCGAAUCAAUCGUACGAGGGGUAGUCCCGAGUCCAAGAGGUUUAUUGAGAAGUUCUAUCUUUACUGGGGCCUUGCCAUCCGCUCUCUUAGAGAUCAUCUCGACAUAGAAGAUAAGCGGAACGGCGAUACCAUCGUAGCUGGAGUACUGACACUUCUUCUCGUCGACGUUCAACUCGGCACUUCACUCAAUUGGAGGUGUCACCUCGAGGGAGUCUAUGAAUUAAUGAUGCUGCGUGGCGGGUUUCAGGCAAUGGCUAGAUCGAAGGUCUUAAAGCCACUAUUGCGUUGCCUCUGGGUUCUUGCUGUGAUUGGGAACACAACCUGUCCUGCAUCAGAUCUCUCAAUGAUAGGUUCGCAGCUUGAUACAACUGAUUUCCUACUAGAAGAAUUUAGUACAGCAAUGUCCCCUUUUCAUAUGUGCCCUUUACCUCUAUUCGCCGAGAUUAUCAAGGUUAACCAUCUUCGAAUGCGGGCCGCUGAACACAUCAGCACCGGAGCCGAGGAGCUUUCGCACGAGGCGUGUAAAAUACUACAGCGUAUUCACGAUUUCCUGCCAGAACAAUGGGCUGAUUCCAAACGCUCAUCUGAAGACUGGGUGCUCAUUGGUAAUAUAUACCAGGCUGCUGUGGCGAUUUAUCUUAUCUUGUCUCUUCAGAGUUUAUCCGUCCUCUAUGUGACAUCUGAGCUGAGCGCUUGUUGUGCCAAGCAUGGCGAGCUUCUACAAGUUCUUAUAAGCGAUGGGCUAUCGUCUCCGAGAACCCAACGAUUUAUGCUUUGGCCGCUAAUCGUCUUGGGAGUAUAUGCUGCUCGUGGCAGUCCAGCAAUGCGUGCAUUCGUUGUAAGCCGACUGCCGGAGCUCAGUCGUGAUCUUGGCACCUCCGUGCCGUUGAUGGUUAAAUAUGUGCUCGAAUCAUUUUGGGACUCGGGUGAGAGUCGCUGGGAUUCUUGCUUUAAUAAACCGUAUAUAUUUACGAUGCAAAUUGCAGUCGAUACCAACGGCUUGUCCCAUACUACUAGGAUAAUAGGUUAGGGGUAAUAAAACACCUGCAGAAGUCGGAUCUAUAUUUAUUCUAUAUAUGGGGUUCUGCACAAUUGGAACUGGAGAACUGUAAGUA